AUGCUGCUCAAACCAAAGAUCAGUUCAAGCCAAGGCCAGGCCCAUACCAAGGCCAGGCCCAUACCAAGGCCAGGCCCAUACCAAGGCCAGGCCCAUACCAAGGCCAGGCCCAUACCAAGGCCAGGCCCAUACCAAGGCCAGGCCCAUACCAAGGCCAGGCCCAUACCAAGGCCAGGCCCAUACCAAGGCCAGGCCCAUACCAAGGCCAGGCCCAUACCAAGGCCAGGCCCAUACCAAGGCCAGGCCCAUACCAAGGCCAGGCCAAUACCAAGGCCAGGCCCAAACCAACGCCAGGCCCAAACUAAGGCGAGGCCCAAACCAAAGCCAAGCCUAAACCAAGACCAGGUCCAAACCAAGGCCUACUCCAAGCCAAGGCCCUGCUCAAACUAA